UUUUUUGUGUUUUGGUGCCUGAGUUAAUCUGCCGUGGCAUCCGCUCUCACUCACACGCACACUCUCUCUCUCUCUCUCUCACACACACACACACACACACUCACACGCACACUCACACACAUCCACAUGGGAGCAAAUUCAGCACUGGGGUGAGAUGCAUGAGGAUCUCAUCCGGAGCUCCACGUUCUCGGAUAAAUCUUUCGUCGACUUUUGCUUUUUUGAAACUCGACUCGGAUGAAGGAGCUGGAAGACUCUUCAUCACCAUGACGAUUUCCCACUCAGCCUGCAGUACCGACGAUAUGUCGGACCUGGAUUAAAGUGUUUUGCAGGUUUAAGGAGUUCUGGAGAACCUCGAGCUCAAACCUGUGCUGUUCCUGCAGCAGGAAUCCGGAGCACUGUGUGACGUGGACGAUGGCCAGCGCGCUCCGUCCGGCACUGGAGUCGGAUUCUCAGGAAUUUCCCCAGGCUUCGUCCCAGGCUGCACGGCUGCUGCACAGGAUUCACCUGAACAGGUGUGAAGCACGGCCUGCAGGGACGCAGCUGCUCUGAAGUGCAGUUGGCAUGCCCCUGACCAUGAUGAGCUCCAGCGAGGACGAAGCAUUGCGGUUUUUCCAGUACGUCGAGGACAGCGGCCUGAGGGCGUACGGCGGGAUAGUGACUCGCGACCUGGUGUGGAAUGAGAAAAGCAGGAUCGUUCCAGAAAAGAACGACAAGAAGAGAAAGCAGGAGGAGGUCGUUAAAAGUAGGACGAGUGAGGAGGUGGCUGUGGAGGGGAAACACCUGCGCAUGGGAUCUGCGACCAUGUCAGAGCAGCAGCAGUUCUCCGUUCGCUCUCAGUCCCUUAACUCUGUAGGAGGACUGGAGGAGGAGGAAGGCAGCCCCAACUCACGGAAACAGCCUCCACCCAAACCGCGUCGUGACCCCAACACCAAACUCAGCACCUCCUCUGAGGCCGUGGACCACAGCGCCACCACCUGCAAGGGAGGACACUCCCACAAGUGGGACGCGACUCAGGGCUGCAGUGAGGAGUGCAGACGAAUCCCACCUCCGAAGCCCAAACGGAAUCCCAACACACAGCUGAGCACUUCGUUUGAUGAUUCCUACAUCCUGAACUCGAAAGACUCACCCCCAAUGGCUCCUUCUCCCAUUUCUCCUGUUUCUCCUCCACAACCUCAGAGCCCACAGCAGGACUCGGAGUCAGAGGAACCCGUUUAUAUCGAGAUGUCAGGGAAUGCAGUGCAAGAUACGCCCUCUCGGUCCGAGCCCGAGGAGCCAGGCGAGGCGGUCUACGAGGAGAUGAAGUACCCUACUUUUGAUGACUUUGAUUCGCGCUGGGAUCUCAUGGGGUACCGCUCUCAGUGUAUCACGCCAUGUCCAUCUGAUAUGGACAUCCAUGCUGCCAUGAACUACACCCCGGCUCCUCGGAGUGCAUCCCAUUGUGAUAUCCCUGCCCCGUUCCCCAACCUGCUAACACACCGUCCACCUUUGCUGGUCUUCCCGCCGGUGCCUGCACAGUGUUCACCCAAUUCCGACGAAUCCCCACUCACGCCGGUGGACGUGACCAAGCUGGCCAUGUUGGAGAACGCUGCCUACUCAAAGUCUCCCUCAUCCUCCUCCUCCUCAAUGGAGCCCCUCAGUUCUGCCUCGUCCUCUCACCUCAGGCGGGCUGAGAGGGAACUCACGGCCACACCCACUAUCACAGUCUCAGGUCGCUCUUCGGCGCCACCGUUGCCAUGCGCUCUCUACAGGGGCUCCUCCAGCUCCGCAGGGGCUCAGCGGAGCCACUCGGCAUGCCCGUCUCCCGUCAGCAUGGGUCGCUGCCUCACGCCGCUCAGCCUCAUGAGGGCACCACCUUUUGAAGGGUCUUUCAGCGGAGCUGCCUUGCCACGACACCACAGCUCAACGCAGAAUGUCGCGGCAGGACGCUCACGGACACCCACCAGCCCUCUGGAUGAACUCACCAACUUGUUCACCAGUGGCAGGAACAUGCUGAAGAAGAGCUCAAGUGGCCGGAAGAGCAAAGAGCCCUCUGAGAGUGAUGCCAAAGGGAAGGGCCAUGGUUCUGAAUCCAAAAGGGAGCAUAAGGACAGGAGCCAUCACAACAAGGAGUCCAAAAGGGACAAGGAGCGCAGCGGGAAAUCCUCGCAUCGACGUGAAAGCAAAGAUCGAGAGCCUGGUGGCAUUGAGGCUUUACAGAGACGUGACAGCAAAGACAGAACCAGCAGCAAUUCAGAACCAAUAGUGAGACGUGGUAGCAAGGACAGGGGCUGCAAUGUGGAGCCAGUACCGAGGCGCAACAGCAAGGACAGGGGCAGCAAUGUGGAGCCAGUACCAAGGCGCAACAGCAAGGAAAGGGGCAGCAAUGUGGAGCCAGUACCGAGGCGCAACAGCAAGGACAAGGGCACUAAUGUGGAGCCAAUAGUGAGGCGCAACAGCAAGGACAAGGGCACCAGUGUGGAACCAAUAGUGAGGCGAAACAGCAAAGACAAGGUCUGUAGUGGUCCAGAGCUACUUCCCAAACAGGGCAGCAAAGACCGAGGAUGCAGCACCAGUGAGCCCAUAGUUAGGCAUGACAGCAAAGAAUGGAUCAGUAACAAUAUCGAAACUUUACCUAGACGUGACAGCAGGGACAGGAUCUGCAAUGGCUCAGAGCACAUGCUCCGACAAGACAGCCGAGACUUUUUGAGGAAUGGUCUGGAACGGCAUGAUAGCAGAGACAGAAGUGGUUAUGGGCCAGACUUGUUAACCAGACACAGUUGUAAGGAUCAGGGAAGAACUGGCCUGGAGGGUCGGCGCAACAGCAAAGAAGGAAGAAAGAACAGUGUGGAUAUUCUUCAGGUUAACAGCAACAUAGCAGACUCUGGGUGGGACUGUAAGGAAUGGGUGAGUAAUGGGACAGAUGUUGUAAAUAGGAGAGACUACAAAGAUAAAGGAAUUCACUUGACAGAACCCCAUCACAAGAGUAAGGACAAGAGCAGCUACAGUAUGGAAUCCCCUAAAGCACAUGACCGGGAUGCAAGAUCUGGACCUCCAUCCAGUUUGUGCAGCCGGAGUAGACGAUCACCUGUUAGUCCUACCACAAUGAUGGGGAAUUCUGAAUUCAAGAUGGUUCCAAAGGUAGCCCAGUUCCUGUCCACACCACUUGCACCUUCCCCCUUAGGGACACCUCAGAGACGACCUUCUGAGGCCCAAGAGAUGCCACCCUUCCCCUGGCUAUGUGGCGACAGCACCAUGAUGGAGACAAUUGAAAGGAAACAGCGUUUGUGCCGUGAGAUCCGGUCCCGUCAGCGGCCCCCUGAACGGAACCAGAUGGAAAGCGCACCCAGCUGCAAGAAAGCCAACGGGCAAAAGAAAUACGGCCCACCCCCGUAUCCUACUCAGACUACCGUCUUUUGGGACACCGCAAUCUGAUUGGUCGCUUAGCACUUCAGGAUUUAGCUUUGCUCUGCCCACAGUCACCAGGACGAGGGUAGCACCCAUUCAUCCCCAGCUAAAAGACAGGCAGUGGGAUUAACCUAGCAAUAUUUCUGAGCGUGCCGAUCGUCAGGUUUUUGUAUUAACCUUUAUCUAAUAUUUUUGUAUUGUGAUUCCUUGUAAAUGGAACCUAGUAUUAACAGAUAUUUUCUAAAUAAAAUGGAAUAUCUUUGCAAAGAAUAUGUAGAGUUAGCACAAUAUGGUUUGUUCUUUUGUACUUUUUGGCUUUUUUUCUUUCUUUCUUUCUUUUUUUUUACACUGAAACGCAAACUACAGAAUGCAACCAUUAACUUUCACAGGCCUUUAUCUUUCAGACCUCUCAAAAUUUCUGUGGUAUGUUGCCAUAUUUAAAAAUGAAGUGUAUUUUCACAUUGGAUGUGAAAUUGGACUAGGGCUAGCUUUCAUUUCGCUGCCUUGCCACACUAUGGAUUUGACAGAAAUGUGCAAUUAAUAAUGGCUAUCAGUUUUAUUUAAGAGUUGAUCAGAUAUUUAUUUAUUAUUUAUGUUUUUAUGUUAGCUUUGGCAUUAGUAUGCAAGUCAUAAUCGGAGGUUUGGUAUGCAGCGUAAGCAUGAAUGAAUUCAAAUGUACAAACAUGGCACAGCAUAAAGGCAACCAGUGCGAGUUUAUGAAAGGCUAAUGGAAGACUUGGAUGUAGACUGGGAUCCCUUUUUAUCCUAGGGAACCUAUUUUUAUUGGCUGAUUUUUUUGUUUGUAAAUGGCAGAAGGUGUUGUAGCUGUUCCUUUGGGCCUGUGCCCAGAGAUUUAAGACAAUCUGUAAUCUUGAAGUAUUCUUUAAAUCUUUCAACACUAUUUAAAAUGUUUUGUGCUCAUUUAAGGAGGUAAUGUAUUAGCAUGGUCACACUUACCGUAUUAAUAAGUGUGAUUUUUGAUGGACUUGUGAUGGACACAAUCAGCCCUGUUUUUGGGCCAUUUGAAACCAAUGACCAAUGGCUCUCGGCUUGAGCCUUAAAGGACGUAGCAACUGUUGCUACAUGACUCAGUAAUUUGGAAUAACGGUGGAAAAAAAUGCACUCCCAUAAUCUUCUGCAUCAGUUGGUUGGAUACUUGUCACCCUCCGUCUACCUCAACCAUUCAGAUUAGUUCAAGUGGUUAUUCAUCUCCAAAGUAUUUAUGGAUCCGAGAGUCAGGGGUGGACAAAUGAAAGGUUCAUUAGCUAACCAAGUGGGAAAUUGAAAGCUCGGUCAAUCAAUCAAUCAAUCAAUUUGCUGCCCAGUCCAUUGUUUUGGUUGCCAGGAAACCUGACAAGUGGCAGCUAACAUAACGUAAUGUAUGGUGAGCUAGUUAUCUAGUUAAAUGCAUGAAUUGCCAGAGAGGAGAUGACUGUGUAACCAUAGCACUCGUUCUCUCCUGAUGUAGCCUGAUUUUUGAUGUAGCACAGUGUCUUUCGAUGUAGCACAAAUCUUCAGCCACAAAGUGACUGUGCUAGCAGUCUUACUAUAUUUACUAUAUGUAAGUUAUGUCAGGCUACGAAUUUGUCCACCCCUGGAAGAGAUACCUGUUCACUUAAAGGGGCCAAAAGGUAUCAAACAGUGUAGCCUAGCAAACACUAGCUAAUAAAUUGGAAGAAAUAAAAAAUUGUGUUCAUGCUUCUCCAGAGGAAAAAUGAUUUUACACGCAAUCAGGUUUGUGGUCAAGGGGUGUGAUAGAUUAGUGGCUAAGGUGUUAGAUUAAUGAUUAAAAGGUUGUGAGCUCAAAUACCAGGUACACUAAUCUGCCACUGCUGGGCCCCUGAGCAAGGCCCUUAACCCACCAUUGUAUAAAAUGAAAUAAAAAUGUCACUCUGGGUACAGCCAUCUGCCAAAUGCCAGAAAGGUAGUGAUCCUAAGAAGCCCGUCUCUGACUCAAUCCCUUUCUACACUGUUUAAAACAUUAUUAUUUAUCACACUAUAUGAGAUGAUCCCAAUAAAAUUGUGGCUGAAUUCUGUAAUAGACUGAGCGAUAAUGUCGGCCAUGUCCGAUUUUUUGUAGAUCCCUCAGCAGUGUUACACCUAAGAAACGUCUGUCUCAGUAAAAAGAAAAGUGAGAAACGUCCUAGAGAAAAAUCUGGCUCGGUAAAAAGAAAAGUGAGCUUGAGGUAAUAAAGGAUUAUUUUCUGCUCAUUAGCACUAACAUACAUCCAUCCUUCCAUUUUCUAUACUCGCUUCUAUACACUAAUUAGGGUCAUGGGGAUCUGCUGGAGCCUAUCCCAGCACACAUUGGGUGAAAGGCAGGGCUACACCCUGGACAGGUCACCAGUCCAUCACAGGGCCACAUAUAGACAGACCACACACACUCACACUCACUCCUAUAUGCAAUUUAGAAUUGCCAAUCGAUUGUACAUGUUUUUGGGCUGUGGGAGGAAACCGGAGUAAACCCGGGAGAACAAACUCCACACAGAAAGGCCCCUGCCUGCUCAAAUCCGGGAUUCGAACCCAGGACCUUCUGUGCUAACAGUGUUAACCACUAACAUACAUUCUGGAUUAAAAUGAAGCAAAAACACAACAUCAGAGUAGCCAUGACUUUAUUUUUCUUUUAAUUCUAUGUGUCUACGAUGUAUGCAGGUCAUUUAUUACAUGAUGGUUUAAACAUUCACUCCGGAGUUCCCCUGAGGGUGCUGGUGAAGGAACGCUGUGACAAUGUACAAUCUCUUUGUAUGUAAAAAUGUGCACUGUGACCGGUAGAAAGACUACGUCCUUUGUCUUAUUGCACUGAGUGUUCUAUUAUCUGUAUAAUAACGAUUGAGGGGGAAAAAAUGCUGGUUGUCAUGAGGGUCUUUCCGAGAGAAAUAAAUAUGAACUUCAAUCUGAUAUUAAACC